CUAAUUCACUUAGCUUGAGCUAUGAACCGCUAGGUGCACUUUCAAAUGGAACGGCAACAUGAAUGACAUGUGCGCACCUUGAACCCGACACUUCAAUCAUUCGCAAAUCGUUCGCAUCGGCCGGCCACUACGUAAAUAAUACAACUUAUUUUAUCAGUAACGGUGUCAAACCGGCCUAGUCGAGUCCAGCGAGCGCAGGGUGAAAGUCUCAGACGCACACUUCGACUCAAGAAACGAGCACGCUUGCUAUUGCUAUCAACAAACUAAACGCGAUUUCGCUGAUAAUUAUCUCGAAAAUAAACAAACAAAACAGCGCGAGGAGUCUGCAGUUGCGCGGGCUGGCAGUCGUGUCAUUGUUACGUGCGCGAAGCCGGAGGCGCAGUCGCCGCGCGGGCCGCUGAUAGCGUGCGAGGCGCCGGCGCGGGCGCGCAGCCUGCUCAGUCGCGACCAUGCUCACGACCUGCGCCGUCGUAGCCCUGGUGGCGUCUCUCGCCACCGCCGCCAGCGACGUCAGCGUCGCAUCCUCCGACCGCGAUGCCAAUAACACACUGGACGCCAACACCACUUACGGCGUCAAUGGAACCCUCGACGCCGAAAGAUACUUCAUUGACAAAAUAUUCGACAAAUACGGUGACAGAGGAGUCAUCACAUUCGAGGGCUUCGAACAUCUGCUAGACAGCCUCGGGCUUGGAGGUCAGGUGUUCAACUCCCCACACGACCUGGCACUCCACCGCAUCAACGGCACCUUUAAGCAGAUUCACGACACGCAGCACCGGCAUAAGAGAUCACCAUCUAGAGAACCAAUUUUGAGGAAGUCAUGCCUAUCACCAAAAGAAAUUUUAGAAGUGUACGGAAUGGAGAACGAGCCGGGUGUCAUCACCAUCGAGCCCAAAACAUUCUUGGAGAUGUGUCCAGCGCUCGUCUAUCAACUGGAUCAACGCUCCUGUUACAAAACGGAAGCACCCGCACCGAAACUGGAAAGACACUGGACAUGGAUAUACGCGAGUUUAAGCAUUUUGGUCAUCAGCGCUACGGGUCUCGUGGGUGUAGCGAUAGUGCCCAUGCUCAAAUCGGUGAUAUUCAACCACGUCCUACAUUUCCUUGUGGCAGUUGCCGUCGGCACAUUAUGUGGAGAUGCACUGCUCCAUCUUCUGCCGCACGCACUGAAAUCCCAUGGGCCCUCAUCAGAACCACAAGAGGAAACGGAAGUGGUACUAAAAUGUAGUGUCACAUUUCUUACCAUCUUGCUUUUUUAUACCGUAGAAGCCAUAAUGCAAACCAUACACGGUGGUCAUUCGCACUCCCAUGACCACUCCCAAGGCAAGUCAGUAGAAGAAAUAAAGACAGAUUCAAGUAAACAAAUAGAGCCCAUCGAGCUAGGCGCAAUGAUGCCUGGAUCACCUCCGCCGCCAGUCGAACGGCCGAUGACCUCGACUGCUCUGAUGGUGAUCGUGGGCGAUGGUCUUCACAACUUAACAGAUGGCUUGGCAAUCGGUGCUGCAUUUAGUGGCGAUCCAGUUACCGGAUUCGCUACAGCUCUCGCAGUAUUUUGUCACGAGCUUCCGCAUGAGCUUGGAGACUUCGCCGUGCUACUGCGCUCUGGAAUGUCAAUAAAACGCGCUCUAUAUUACAAUUUACUUUCCUCAGUGCUUAGUUUUAUGGGAAUGGCUGGUGGGAUAUGGCUCGCGGAAGACCACGAGUCAACCUCUCAGUGGAUUUACGCCGCAACAGCCGGUACAUUCUUUUACAUAGCUUUAGCAGAUCUAGUGCCUGAAAUCAAUGAGAACAAUCAUGGUAAAACUAUGAAUCUAAUUUUAGCUGUGUUGGGUAUUCUUGCUGGCGGAAUCAUAAUGUUGCUUAUUGCACUUCACGAAGACUCGAUUCAAUACCUCUUUAGAAGCGCGGAACAAUGACCUUAGGCUUUUUGUAGGCUCUUUACAUGUUUAAUGUGAUAAAAACUCAUGGUUGUUUUUGUACGUAGUCCAAUAGUAAUACUUACCUUAUGUAGUAUUAAAAUGAUUGCCUGAUUGUUAGUAAACCUAGUUUUUGUGAAAGAGAGUAAAUAAGAAGUAUUUUUAACUGCAUCAUUGAAUAAUAAAAAUUGCCUCUACAAGUCUACAAAGUGAUGGAAGAAGAUUUAGGUGAUAAGCACUCAACACAGACUGAAAGCCAAAAUAUUCUAUUUAUCAAUACAACAUUGUUUCAGCUAACCUGUAGGUACCUACUGAAGUCUUGAAAACUCUUUGCAAAGUAUUAACUCGUUUUUUUGGUACCCCGUAGAUUUGUGGUGACAGACAGUGCAUAUUAUGGUUUAUCUUAGAGUUAUCUAUCAUAGGAGUGAAUAUUAAAUUUAAUCUGUUGUACCUUAAUCAUAAGACAUCGAAUUAGACCGGGAUUUCGAUUCGAUUAUCUACCCCCCUAGACAAGUUGCACUUUUUGAUCGAAUCAAAAAUCGAAACUGUCAUAACUCCAUACAAAAAAGAGGCUUUUCGACCAUUUUUCGACUGAUUUGCGAUUAUUUACUUAUAAUGUGCACUUUGUCUAGACCCACUGGUCACUGUUUCUUCUUGUAAAUAAUUACUCUGUACAUUUAACACGGUACGUACUACUCUUAUGUGUUUUGAAGUGAAGUAAAAAUGGAAAUGUUUAUGUUAAAGUAGGUAAGCAAUAUUAUGUAAAGUUAAGUUGAACUGCGGCGCGCCAGGAAGGGUCACUGUAGUUAUUAUUUGCAUGAUACGAGUAUGUCUAGAAAUGCCUGAGUUGUUUAUAUGUAAUUAAUUCAUUAAGUUAUAAUAUAAUUUUAUUUCGUGAGCCCAUCAAAACUUUUACUUGUGGGAUCAUCAAUUUCAUUAUUUUAUUGUUUAAACUAAUUUUUUAAGUUUAUUUAAUUUAAAAAAUCGGUCAGGGUGCAAGGGUUUUAAAAACAUUGCGAAGCCUUAAUAUUAAACCUUUACCUGGUAGUGGCAGAAUUGUUGCCACCAUAUUUUGAACCUUAUUGAGAAAACA